AUUCAACAACGUUCAACUCUGUGUCUGUCUUUGCCUCUCAGGGAAGCUGUGCAUUCCACAAAUAAGUGGAUAUUUGCCAUGCUAUAACGAAGUAGAAUCUUUUGAUUCUCUCCGUCGAUUGUGAGGAAACCCUGCCUGCUUCUUCUUUUUAUUUCUUUAUUCUUGAGCUCUGGAGCUCGGCGCCGGGGAGAUGCUGUGCACCUUCACUCGCUUUUUCAACUCUAAUUUCGUACUCCAUACUCUAUACUUCAUUUUCUUGUUUAAUCUUCUUUGCUGGGCCUUUCACGGUGUUCAAGCUGCUCCAGUGCGUAUUUCAGUUGGCCCACAAGAACGGGAAAUCUGCGUAUCUUCCGAGGCGACUGUACUUAGCCCAGCUACCGUCGUUGGCCAAAAUUAUGUUUUCAACCAAUCUUACGGCUUACACCAUGUAGAUAGAGACUCAGGACUUGAUGGAGAUAUCGUCUCAGCCUCUGACGUUUCCACAGCAACAACGUCGGCGAUACCAUUCACGAGCACUGGAGCUACGGUAACUCCAUCCAGUUCAUCGCCAUCGACAUCGGAUCCGAGCACGUCUUCUGCGUCUUCCUCAAGCUUGGAGGCUAGAGGGUCUUCUACAGGAACUGAUAGCCUUACGUCACCACCUAAUCCUGCGGGGACGUUUCCAGUCACGCCCCCUACAUCAUUUACGCUUACUACCCCAUCUUUACCUCUUGCUGUUCCGCCAUCAGUGACACCGGUGGUAACUAGUCCUCCUGCGAUUUUGCCCACAAUCGGGGGAUUGCCUCCAAUGUUACCCCCUGCAUCAUCGGAAACGCCUAUAAUUACUUUCCUCCCUCCCAUAGUUAUUUCUCUCCUACCUCCUAUUUCUCCCAUUCCCACUUCCCUCCUGCCUCCUGUUUCUCCCGCUGUCCCUGUUCGUCCCCUUGCCCCUAUCCCUCCCCUUGUUAUUUCCCUUUUGCCUCCUGUUGUCACUCACUCUCCAUCUCCUGUUGUUUCAACAACUUCAUUAGUGACAACAACCUCACAAAGUGCUACUAGCCCGGCUACCGCGACAUCAUCGACACCUCUUUCCACAUUUGUGUCUUCCACACCCGUUACGCCAUCCCCCACAACCACGUCCACCUCGUCAGCGCCUAACGCGCAGUCACAUUCAAGUUCGCAACAGGCAUCGUCGUCACCGACACCGUCGCCUUCACCACAAAGCGACGCUGUGUCAUCACCACGGCUUGCAGGGUCUUUGAUUGCCAUCAUCACAGUACUUUCAUUCCUUGGUGCAUUGUCGUUGAUCCUUGGAAUCAUCGUCUUCUUUCGCACCAGAUACCGCCAUAUUGCCCAGAUGCAACCCCUUAAAGAAGAGCUUCGACCCUUGCAACUGAACUUGUCUUCCAGGUUUUCUGUCUCAACCACGGGAUCGAUGGAGCAAUUUAGGUCUUUUACACUUGAUUCGAGACCUCCUACACCAUGAAUGUCACUUUCUCAUCCCACCAAUCAUAAUGAUGGUGUACUUCCAAGGUCUUCCUGAUGACAGCUUCAAGACAGGAAUGAGGCCUCUAGAUUGUUGUAACAAGAGGGAA